UUAAGUGAUAAACUUUUUUUUUGACAAAGCUCUCUUUAUCUCCAUCUUCGCUCUCUCAGGUCUUUAUCCUUAGAUAGUUUCUUCUCUCCUGUCUUCUUGUUAAACAUGAGGGCUGAAGAUAAUAACACUUUAGAUCUCAAUAACUUACCUAAUGAUCCUUGUAGAGACAGCUUCCCAUUUUUUGAAGAAGGCUCAUCUUCCUCUUCCUCUUCUGGAGGUUUUAGGGAGAAGCAAACCAAAGAUGGGAAAGAGUAUGAAUGUAGAUUUUGUUCACUCAAGUUCUUCAAAUCUCAAGCUCUCGGUGGCCAUAUGAACCGCCACCGUCAAGAAAGAGAGACUGAGUCACUAAACAAAGCUCGUGAACUUGUUCUUCGCAACGAUAGCUUUCCUCCUCACCAAGGACCUUCAUCGUUUAGUUAUCAUCAAGGAGAUGUGCAUAUAGGAGACGUAAUAACACCAUUCAGACCAAUGAUGUAUCCACCAAGACAUUUCUCACUCUCCUCCUCCGCCCUACCGUCUCGGCAGCUGCAGCCACCAUAUCUUUAUCCUCCUCCGCCACCAUCUUCAUCGUUUUCUCAACAUAACACUAACGACUACUACCUAAGCAACAACACUACGCGUCAGCAAACCCUAACAAAUAGUGUUUGCAGUGGUCGUGCACUAGCUGAUUCGAGCUACACCUUCAUGGGUGCACCAUUGGCUAAUGGUUCUAGAGUUGCUCCUUCACUUCAUCUACCUCUACCUCUACCUCUACCUCCACAUCAUGGUCUAUGA